AUGAAAGAUUUCUUGGUUCAGUUAGAUGAUUUACCGGAUGAAACUCUUAUGUCUAUAUUUAAAAAAUUGUGCAAUUUUGAAGUACUUUAUUAUUUAAUGGAUGUUAAUCAACGAAUCAAUAGAAUUGCACGUGAUAGAAUUUUUACUCAUCAUUUAUGUUUAUUAGAAUAUUGUCGAAUCGACGAUUCUUCGAUUCCAUUAUCAGGUCCAAUACUUGGUCGGUUUUGUUCAAAAAUUUUGCCUGAAAUUGGACAUCAAAUUGAAACUCUCUAUCUUGAAAGAACAUCAAUAGAACGUGUACUUCGUGCUACAAACUAUCCAAAUUUAAAUAACCUUGGUUUAUGUGAUAUAGACGACGAUAAACUAGUUAUGUCUCUCUUCUGAUGUUUAAAACUCAAUCCAUAUUUACCCAUUAGUGGCACUUUGUUUCUUGGUAUGACACUUGAAACUGCUAUCUCUCCAACUUUAUUAGAAUUACAUAUCAAUGUCUCUGAUAUGACAGACUUUAAUCAUAUACUAGAUGGACGCUUUGAUCAACUUCGAAUACUUUAUAUUAACAUUGAUAGUAUUGGGAUUUACUAUCCCUAUAAAGAACUAAAUGUAGAUAGUUUUAAUAAAUCACUUGUGCCAUUUCUACGUCGAAUGAUAAAUUUGGAAGAACUUGAUUUAAAUAUUAACGUUCUAUGUUAUGAAAAAGUUAUUGAUGGUGAUAUAUUGAAGAAAGAUAUUAUGAUUUAUAUGACACGAUUAUAUAAAUUCACAUUUAAUAUUUGUUCAACCAUUAAACAUCGUAAUCAAACCAAUUUUUCAUUAAAUGAAUCUAUUGCAAAAACAUUUAAAAUUUUUUCUAAUGAUCAAAUAAUUACUAGUAUCAAUCAUUUCGAAAGAUAUAGUAAAUGCCGUAUUUAUUCAUGUCCAUAUCAAUGGAGAACGUAUGAUGAUAUAACAAACAAUUUUCGAGAUGGAUUAUUUACCAAUGUUACUCAAGUAUCAUUAUAUGAUGAACAUCCAUUUGAAGAUGAAUUUUUUCUUCGAAUUUCCAAAUCAUUUCCAUUUAUGAAACAAUUAAAAAUACACAAUUUGAAAGCUCAACAGAAUAAAUCAAACAAUGAUAAUCAAAUGUUAUCAACUAUUAAAUAUCCCAAUCUUACUCGACUGGAUCUUUUGCAUACUCAUGAUGAUUAUAUUGAACUAUUUUUAUUUAAUAUGAAGAUGUCUUUGCCAAAUAACCUUCAUCUUCGUGGUCGUUAUCAAUCACUGAAAAGAGUGACACAAAAUUUUACAAGAUAUAUAACAGAAAAUAAUUGUACUAAACUUGCUACUCUAUAUAUUUUAAUAGUGAAUCAAACUGAUGAAUGUCAUAUCAAAAAAUAUUUUCCUUAUACAUGUAUUCAUAAUAGUGGUGAUUUUUUAUUGUCUAAAUAA